AUGCUCGCGUCCGGUGGCCAUUUACACGGCCAGGUCGCCUUUACGUCGGUGCCUGCUCCGUCUGCCCGCAACGACUCGCAACUGCCUACCAAAGAGGUGGCCGAGUAUGAAAAGAUAUUGAACAUCCGCGACCAGAUCUUUGCUGGCACUCAUCCUAGGCUGAAAGUCCCGGAGAGUGUGAUUCGCAAAGUUCCUCCGCGGACCGUUGGGCAGACGUCGCCGUCGUCGACUUCCGCGUCUGUCGUCGCCCCCAGUUCUCAAGCUUCGGCUUCGGAACCAGGACCCCCUUCUUCUCUUCCUCCGGCACACCAUGCUGCUCAAGGGACGGUCACAUCUACUUCCUGGCCUCAGCCGGCGACUACUACUGUGAGCGGAGACACUGACUCCCCCGUCACAGGCGCGUCGACUCCGAAGCCAACAUCAGAAAUAGACCCUAUCUUCCUGACAAAAUCAGAUGAUCUCAUCCGAGCAGAGACUCAAUUGCAACGGCAGCGGAUUGAACGUGCACUGCGAGAUUAUGCAGAGCAGAAGAGGGUAGAGGAGAGGCAGAAGCCGCCGUUACAGGAGCUAAAGCCUGACUUUGACGUCUCGGAUGUUUUCAACAAGGCGUUGGAGAUAGUGAAACCGCUUUCCCCUCCUUACGAUCAAGAUGAUAACACUGGUAUUGAUGGUGAUGGUGAUCGGGCUAAUAAUGGCAAUGCAGCCAGUGAUUCCUUCGACGAGAAUUCCUACUACUCGAGCAGAGCUCCCGAUUCGCCGCAAAACGAGGAAUACGAUGAAGAAAUGGCACCUGCGCCGCCGCUGGCUGGGAAUAUGGAUACAGACGAGAGUGACGAGACUGUUAUCGUAGAUCGUGCCGGUGUCCAUGAGCCUGAGCAUGUUUCUGCUUCUGGUAAUCACCAUCUGCUUGAUCAGCAUGCUAACAUUGACGAUGAUGCAAGAAGGGACCUGGAGAAUAUUCACCCAUGGACUGAGGAUAAUGAAAAUCAUUACUCCCCGCCAGAGCCGUAUGAGGAGCCAGAAUAUUCCCCGCCAGGCCCUGACCUAAUGGUUAAUGGGCGACAAGACUUACUAGAGCCCAGCUAUCUUAGCCCAUCAAGUAGACGGCAACCCCUUCCCAUUCAACAACCUCCAGACCAACCGUCUCCAGCUCCUAAGAAUUUACGGGUGGUGAGAAACCAUAUCACGUCUCCAGCAGCACCCCAGCCUUCCCGUGUCUCGCCUCUUGCCGUUACAAGGGUCUCCUCAAUAACGCAGCCCCGUCAAGGUCGACAAAGUAGACAGUCUGUGAAGGCACCUGUUGAUCAAGGCUCUGCACGUACUAGUCCAGAGACCGGCCAUCCUCAGCAGUUAAUGUCACGGAAACGUCGUCGCAUUCAGCAAGCUCAAGACAAGAAGAAACUCGCGGAAGAGAGAAGAGCCGCUGCAUCUCCUGAUAUGCCAUAUAUUAAACCAGAGCCAGUCUCUCCCCCGCCAUUCAUAGAUGCUCCUCCAGCAGUGUCCCAUUAUCCUAGGAGCCGGUUAGCUCAGGAAGUGCCGACUGAUGUUGAUUAUGUGUCUCGUCACGACGACCAUGUUAUAGCUGGUCGUGUUCCGGCGUAUGAUGAUGGGCAUGGUAGGAACUAUGAAUUGGACAGUCCAAUUGAGCUACAUACCCCUCGAACAACUUCGAGAAUAGGAUAUAGACGCCCUAUUCGGGAUGAGCAUGACCUACGACGAGUGGCUAGUUUACAACAUGCUCGACAGGCAGAGUAUGUUCAAGAGUAUUCGGAGCCGAUCGCCGAGAUAUCUCCACGCCACGGGCGAGCUGUAUCCUACGUUGAGCCCAUUCACUCGGAGCGGCCUAGGUACCACGAAGAGAGCCAACCGGCACAAUAUACCACCACCAGAAGAUACAUGACCAGGCCACUCUCGCCCCAGUACCGUGAAAGUUAUGCCCCAGUUCGCGUCUCUGAGUCCCGUGUCAUGGGCCCUCCUCCGUCGCAAAGACGCAUCGUAGUUGAUGCGGAAGGUAAUAGGUUCUACGAGUCAAUUGAUGCACCGCGUGCUAUGCCUCCAGUAUCAGUGCGGCCGCCCAGAGUCGAGGCCUAUGACGGAGUCAGUCAUGCCCCUACUCGGUCUAUGUCGAUAGUUGAUGAUCACUACCGAGACCGUAGGUACAUUCAGGAAAUGCCACCUCCUGAGAUUACCUACCGUCGUAAUGCUGGUCCCGGUGCAGGCCCUGGCUCAAGCUAUACUACAGGCAACGAACUUGGUGAUCCUCGAUACUAUGACAGCGAAGCCGCGGACCGUGGAUCAGCGAUGCGUAGCGCCAGUGUACAAGUGAUAGACUAUCCAUCGCGCCAACCACAACACCUCCGCCAGCCUCAACCAUCAUUCGUCGACGAGUCUCACUUUCCUCAUGAGGAGAUCGUACGUGUGGCUAGCGUGCGCCCUCCACCUGUUGGCGUACCUCGAUAUGAGGAGCAUCACGAAAUUCGGCCUCGCAUGACAAGUGUGCGACCUAUGCGACGUGAAAUGAGUGUCUACGUUGAGGAUGAAGCCGGUCAUGCUAGGGAAUACCCUCCCGUAGAGCGAUAUAAUGGGGCCCCCAGCUACACUGCACGACCAAUGAGAGAAGAACGCUUCUACGAAAGCGCUGGUCCAGCUAGAAUCGAGCAUGACGAGGGCUCUGAGGUCAUUCGACGAGUAUCUCGACGAUAUUGA